UCUCUCUCUCUCCUCCCGGAAGUAAGAGGAUUCGGAAGCUGUCGGGCAGGGAGGGGGUUGCCAUAGAGACAAAGAUGACGGUGCAUAAUUUGUACAUAUUUGACCGCAAUGGAAUCUGCCUGCACUACAGUGAGUGGAACCGGAAGAAGCAAGCCGGCAUCUCUAAAGACGAGGAGUUCAAGCUGAUGUAUGGCAUGCUCUUCUCCAUCCGCUCCUUCGUUAGCAAGAUGAGCCCUGUGGACAUGAAAGACGGUUUCCUCUCCUUCCAGACCAGCAAGUACAAGCUGCACUACUAUGAGACGCCCACGGGACUCAAGGUGGUGAUGAACACAGACUUAGGGGUGGGCAACAUCCGAGAUGUCCUGCAUCAGAUCUACAGCUAUAUCUACGUGGAGUAUGUGGUCAAAAACCCUCUGUGCAGCUUGAACGAGAACAUCCAGAGCGAGCUCUUUCGGAGCAAGCUGGACACCUUCAUCCGUGGGCUGCCCUUCUUCUCGGCACGGGCAGGCUAAGUGGUG